GGAAAGUGACUUCGUUUGUGCCGGAUUGCACCGGAGGUUCUUGAACCUCUUAAUUACAGAAUUUAAAGCUGUGACACAAAUACGAAAAUUUCCGUCGGUUCUCAAAGAGUGCUCCAGUCAGGACGAGGUCGUGAAAGCAGAUUAAACUCAAAUGGAAAGUGCUUUGUCUAGUCUCUUUAAAUAACACAAACGAAAUCGUGUGUGGCGUCGAUGGUGAAUCGAAAAUUGAAAAGCCAUAGUGAUUGGGUGUGAAACGGUGAAAAGAAAACAAGUAACCCCCCCGUAACAUUGGAAAAUCUCGGUGAGUGCGAAGAAAAACCUGUCUGCUCGGAAAAAGAGGGUAUAAGUGCCGCGGAACAGUUCCCUGCCGUUGCUGCGUCCUCAACGAAGAAAGUGCACUCACACUUUCUCGCGAUCGAUAGCAAAAGUGUGAUAUGAGAACGCCGCCUCCACGGAACAGCUGAUGAACCCCACGGAACACCAAACGAUUGGGGCCCUCUUCCUCAUGCUUCUGGCACUGACGACAACGAGGGUCUCGACCAACAACGCAGUCAAAACAGGAGUAGCACCUGUGCCAAAUGUGGUCGUCGAAGAGCCGGAGUUCACGGACGUAAUUGAAAACGUAACAGUGCCUGCAGGACGCAAUGUCAAACUAGCGUGCUCCGUCAAGAACUUAGGAUCAUUUAAAGUAGCGUGGAUGCACUUCGAGCAGUCCGCGAUUCUCACUGUACAUAAUCAUGUGAUAACUCGCAAUCCGCGGAUCAGCGUGACGCAUGACAAGCAUGAUAAGCACAAAACAUGGUUCCUACACAUAUCAAACGUCCAGGAGGAGGACAAAGGCCGUUACAUGUGCCAAAUCAAUACCGUGACGGCCAAGACGCAGUUCGGCUAUCUGCACGUUGUUGUGCCACCGAACAUCGACGAUUCGCUCAGUUCCAGCGACGUUAUCGUCCGGGAGGGGUCCAACGUGACACUGAAGUGUCGCGCCACGGGGAGCCCGCAGCCACAAGUCAAAUGGAAGCGGGACGAUAAUUCUAAAAUAGCUAUUAAUAAGUCGUUAAGUGUGCCGGAGUGGGACGGAGAAUCGGUGGAGCUAUCGAAAAUCUCCCGCCUGGAUAUGGGUGCAUACCUCUGCAUUGCAUCGAACGGUGUCCCACCCACGGUGUCGAAGCGAAUUAAAGUGAGCGUUGACUUUCCUCCGAUGCUCUGGAUUCCACAUCAACUGGUAGGAGUCCCUGUGAACUAUAACAUCACUCUGGAGUGUUUUACGGAGGCCCAUCCGACAUCUCUGAACUACUGGACCCGGGAAGACGGGCACAUGAUUCAUGAUUCCCGGAAAUACAGGACGGAGUCCACAGUGGGCAUGCCAAUCUACAAAACGCACAUGAGGUUACACAUCUUCAACAUCCAGCAGACCGAUUACGGCACCUACAAGUGCGUAGCAAAGAACCCUCGAGGGGAAACCGAUGGAGCGAUACGAAUAUACACAUCGACCCCACCCACAACAUCCCCGGGUCCACCGACCACGGAGUCGCAGCUGCUCGACUUUUGGCCCAGCAACGGUCGAAAUGAUAGUUACGGCUCAUACCAUCCCGGUAAUGGCCCCGGUGGAACUCACAACGGCGGUGGUCAGCAUCAUCCCAAUUCGUAUUCCGUGCACGUGGUGGAUAAAAAUUCUAAAUAUUCAUCCAACCUGAACGAAAUCGACAAAUCCGAACAGAAGUCGUUCGAUUCCAAUGUUAUUUACUGGUCCAGCGGAAGCAGUAGAGAUCCUCAUCGAACCAUACUCAGCUUCCUGUCCAGCUUAGUGAGCUCCACAAUGCUUUCUCUGCUUGUCAGGUUGAGUACACACUAAUGUUCCCUCGCAUGGAUCAACCAGGAUAGGAACUAGAAGUUUUAAUGCUAAUCGAUCGCGCGAAGAAGAUUUAUAGCUAGCAUGAAGAGAAUAAAAAGAGAAUUUAGUAGAAAAACAGUGUUAGCUCGUAUUAAGGCAUACCAUACUAUAAGCGAGAUAGAUGACACUAUACCAAACUAUAACCAAACAUGUAUAACUGAAAGCAGGGUUCAUAAACAUAUACAUAUACCGACUAAUUAAGAUAAAAUCAGAGUAACUAUAUCGUAUAGCGAGCGUUGGCACCAACCAGUAAACAAGUCUAUAUACAUAGUGAAUUAACUAAUCGAAAGCUGACGCGCUUCAAGGUGAAAGCAGUUGUGUAUAACGAAUGAAAACUAAUCAAUUACAUAUAACAAAACGGUGCAUUGCAGACUAAAACAAUCAAUUUCGAACGCAAUUCAUGCAGGAAAUACACAACACUACUGUUAUUGUUAGUAGGUAUGAUGAUUGGAUCACAGCCAAGCCAACUCCAUCCAAACGGCAUGAUGAUGGUGCGCUUUCGUCCGAUUCGAAUUGUUUUCUUUCAUAAUUUUACUGCAUGGGAAAUUGUGUGUAGAGCUUUCACAGGUUUUUUUUUGGUACGAAACCUUCAUAUUAUAACUUUUGUUACUUUGUUUUAAUGCGACGAUAACAAACGGUUUUCCUGUUUUGUUUAAUUCGUUGCUACUUCGGAUUUAUGGGAUUUUGCAUUAAAUUUGAUACGGCCAGGAACCCAAUGCAAAAAAAGUUAUGGUGGAGGGAGAUAUUAAAGAUCCCAUUUGCAAUAAUUUCACGGUGAACGAUAACGGGAUUGUGCUGAGCUGGAUAUUUUUUCCUCCACUCUUACCUUGUACCUAUUUUACUGCCAUCUUCUCCAUAAACCAUUACCUGAUGAGGAACAAUGAUUGAUUGAGUGCGAAACAAAUUAAAUGGUAGCCAGACCAAGCUUUAGAUUAUAAGUAGACCAUAUUAUCUUCGAAAAAUAUCCAUCGAAAUGGGAGAAUAACGUAGGGGGCAUUACACAAAGUCAGAUGCAAAACGAAAUAACUUAGGGCAAAAGCAUCGGCUUUCCUUCAUGUCGCUCUUUAAUGGCACAAGUUUCGAAAACGGUUCAUUGUUCGGCCUGUAAAUCAAACUUUAACAUGUGUUAUAAUUGGGCCACUCACUUAUUGCGUAAUGAACCUUUCUGGGUAUUUAAACACUCCUAUCUCCCCCUAUUUGAGAUUUUCCAAACUUUGUUUUCUUUAAUUUAUUAGUAGAGGAGUGGGCCGUCGCACCACGCCACACAGGCGGAAAAAAGUGAAAAAAUUAGUUGAGUGUUAAACUUCGAAAGUAUUUUUAUAAUUUUCUAUUGCAUUUGAAAUGUCCUUCCUCAGGAACGGGAGGGAUGGUUUGCUGGCCACAUACUCUCGACCGAAAAUAUCAUCUGGCCGAUCGGAUAAUGCAUUCAAAAAUGCCACAUAUAAGUAUAAUGAUUGGAUUUUUAUCAGUAUAUUGGCUGAAAAUGUCAUUUGGCUGAACUUGGACGAUACGGUCGUUUGACAGAAAGGGCCAUUGUCAUUUGACCAAAAAUGUCAUUUGACUUAACGGGUCGGUCAUACGAAAAUUGUCGUUUGGCCGAAAAUGUUAUAGGGAUACGGCAGGUAUUUCCGUCCAUCGUCGUAGGGGCUAAAACCAACGAAACCAACGAACAUUUGCUAGAACUCUACUAUAGCAGAACAUUUCUCCUGAGCUUACGAUUUGGUACGUAUGAGUUUUACAAAAAAACGCCUCUUUUAUUGGUUUUCGAGACUAUGACGAACAGACGAAAAUACCUGCCGUAUCCCUAUGACUGAAAAAGUGCUUAAGCCAAACGAGCUGUAUGACCGUAAAUUUCGUUAUUAACACGCCGAAUAUCGUGAUCAGAAAAUCAUGGGAGCUAAAUUUUCAAACAGCUGGUUCUCAGCCGUCUUUGGAUCGAUUUUCACAAUUAUUUUGAGGAUGUCUUACCCAUCUCAUCUAGUUUCACCAUACUGGUGAGUUAUGUUUCUAGGGAUGCUCAUUUUUCCCUAGACCAGCGUGAGUAAGGAUGGUUUUUCCAAAAUAUAGUAAUAUUUACUUUACAUGACAUAUUUCAGUGUGAACAACACUUACAAUACAAACAAUACUUUUCUUCUGGAUAUCCCUAGCGACUCCAAAAUGACCUCUAUAACUGAUGAAAGAUGAUUUGCAAAUUUUGCCGAAGAAAACUACGAAAACCCGUGCCAAUGGAAAUCCAUCAUGUCCAUACCAGUUCGUAAAGGCCAUAUGUACGAUAUUUCGCUCAGUUUUGCCUAAACCGGAUGUUCUCGGUUCUCCAAACUGUUCUGGAGUUUGGAUUAUUUGGUCUACCAGGUCAAGUGCGCUCGAUAGCUAUCCGCAACCGACCAGUCAUGUCCAAUGUCCAUACAAGCCCGUAGAGCCCACGCGUAUGAUUUGCAGCUCAGAUAUACCCAAACCAGAUGUUCUAGGCUCUCCUAUGUGUUCAGGAGCAUGGAUCAAUUGGUCUACAAAAUCAAGUGCACUCGAUAGCUAUCUGAGAUCAACCAGUCAUGACCUUACAAGUCCGUAGAGACCAUGCGUUUGAUAUUCCACUCAGCUUUUCUCAAACCAGAUAAAAACUUAGUUUAGCCUUCAAUCUUCAUUUAAAGCUGCGUGCCGGCAUCCAAACUUACUAAAUUCUAAAUGAUCCCCCAAAAUACCUUGAGAACUUUUUUAAGUAUUGGCGAUCAACAAAAGCACCCAUACUGAUUGUUUCACGAUGCCUGACUAAUUAUUUGAAAGAUUUCUAUCGAACUAGAGCCGUUAGAAUUUGGAAUAAUUUGCCAACUAAUUACCGACUUCAGCGCAUCUAUUUACAGAGAGUGUGUCUAUUUUUAUAAGAAAUAGAUAGAAUACAUUGGCAUUUGUGAAAUAGCUAUAGUUCCAUAUACUUUGAAAACCAAUAGAGGUUACUUAGGUGGCUAGGUAGAUCAAUAAUAAAUAAAAAUAAUAAAUAAAUCAAUUUGUCUACCAGGUCAACUGCGCUUGGUGUAAAUCUGACAGCAACCAAUCAUAUCUAUACAUAUCCUGGAAGUUGAUCGCAAGUUCCUCCACGAAUUCCUCCGGGAGUUCCUCCACGAAUACCUCUGGAAGUUCCUCUAGGAAUUAAUCCGAAAGUUCCUCCAGUAAUACCUCCGGAAAGUCCUCCAGGAAUUCUUCCGGAAGUUCCUCUCGGAAUUCCUCCGCAAGUUCCAUCAAGAAUUCCUCCGGAGGUUCGUCCAGGAAUUCUUCAGGAAGUUACUCUAAGAGGUGGAUGAAUUACGACUGCAAAUUUUGUAGCUCAAUUUUCGGAGUGGAUUUCAGUCGUGAAUAAUGGCGUUGACAAUUUUAUUUCAUCGCCGACGUUUUGAUCCGGGGCUCGAUGGCAGUCAAUUUAUUAAUUACCGCUAUAUUCGUACGCAGUCAGCGAUGAAAUAAAAUUAUCAACACUAUUAUUCACGACUGAGAGCCACUCCGAAAACUGAGUUACUCCAGGAAUUUCUCCGGAAUUUUCAGCAGGAAUUCCUCCAGAAGUUCCUCCAGAAGUUCCUCCGGAAGAUCCUCCCACAAAAAUAUCUCCGGAAAGUCCUCCAUGAUUCUGCUGGAAUUCCUCCGAAAGUUCCACCAAGAAUUCCUCCCGAAGUUCUUCCUGGAAUUCCUCUGGAAGUUCCUCCAGGAACUCCUCCGGAAGUUCCUCCAGGAAUUCCUCUGGAAAGUCCUCCAGGAAUUCUUCCGGAAGUUUCUCUAAAAUUUCCUCCGCUAAUUCCUCCAAGAAUUCCUCUGGAAGUUUCUCCAAGAAGUCCUAUGGAAGUUCAUCAGGAAUUCCUCCGGAAGUUCCUCCAGAAAUUUCCUCGGAAGUUCCUCCAGGAAGUCCUCCGGAAGUUCCUCCAGGAAGUCGUCCAGAAAUUUCUCCAGGAAUUAAUCCGGAAUUUCCUCCAGGAAUUCCUAUGGAAGUUUCUCCAGGAUUUCCUCUGUUAAUUCCUCCGAAAGUUCCUCAAGAAAGUCGUCCGUAAAUUUCUCCAAUAAUUCCUCCGGAAGUUCGUUCUAGAAUUCCUCCGAAAGAUUCUACUUGAAUUAUUCCUAAACUUUCUCCUGGAAUUCCACCAGAAGUUUCUACCGGAAUUUUUUUUCUGGAAUAGUGCAGAAAGUUCCUCUAGAAUUAACCCUGAAAAUCCUUCUAAACCCCUCCGUAAGGUUAAUCUAGUAGAGCAAUUUAUUCAAACUUUAGAACAGUUUGGAGAACCUAGAAUAUAUGGUGUGGGUAUAUCUAAGCUGCAAAUCAUACGCGUGGGCUCUAUGCACUUGUAUUAACAUGAUUGGUUGAUGUCAUAUAGCUUUCGACCACAGUUGACCUGGUAGAAGCAUUGAUCCAAAAUCCAAAACAGUUUGGAGAACAUAAAAUAUCUGGUUUAGGCAAAACUGUGUCGCAUAUCAUACGCGUUGACUCUACGGACUUAUAUGGACAUAACUGGUUGAUUUCAGAUAGUGUUCGAGCUUACUGCGCACUUCUCUUUGCUCAUUCCUCAUUUCUCACUUUCACUUCGUACUUAUAAUGAGAAAUGAGAAGGGCGAAGUGCGUAGUGAGAAGUGAGAAGUGGAAUGCAUUGAACUAAUUUGAAUUGUAAAUCACACGUAAGAGCUUGGAUAUACUGGUUCGCUUGCGGUUCGGUAACAAGUAUUGGCAUGCUUGGGUUGGGCAUGGGUUGUUCAAAGGACAUGUUGAUACUCACAUGCACAUGUUGGUUUGCUAAUGGUUUGGUUAGGACUCAAAUACAGAAGAUAUAUGCUACCUAAGACCCCAUAGUAAUUGAGGACAUCAAGUCCAGGUUGCUACUGUUGCCCUUGAAUAUCCUGUCUCACUGUCUGUCCAUCUGACUUUUGAGGAUAUGUAUAGAAUAGAUCUAAUGCUGUGUUUUGGAGACCAUCAUGCUCGUAACACUUUCAUGUAUACAGCACGUCCUUCCAAAUGUAUUGGAGGCCUUAAAUAAUUCUUAAUACAAUAUUGCCCUUUUAACUGAAUCAUAUUGAUAACUCUGGACAUUGGGGCUUAUGUCAGAAUCAUAAAAUCGUCAAAUAUGAUCAGUUUCAUAUAUUACUGCCUGAAAUAAUGCUCAUGAGCUACCUAGCUUUCUCAAGCACAAACGAGGAGGAUGGUGCCGUGCACCGCCAUUGCCGCACGCCACUGCCGAUAUAUUUGCAUCGGCGUCCCGCCGUUUAAAAUUGUCACUUCACUGAUCUAAAAUUUCCCGUUUAACCUUUAAUGUACCGACCUAUUUUUUCAGUGACUUUUGUUCCUUCAAUCUACUCUAACUUGGUCAAAUAUCCACCGAUUUUCAUGCUUCUGGUACUGUUGGAUCCAGAAAUUCAUAUAGUUUUCGUUCCCGGAAUCUGGAGACGGUCCGUAACGUGGUUCCGGAGAUAUUCCGGAUUCCGUUGGGGUAAUAGAUAGAUAUUUUGGCAUGAAAAAAAUCCUUCUUUCAGCAAUUUAAUGAUUGUAAAAUAUAAAUUCAUCGACGGACAGGUGCCUUUGGGUAAGUGGCCGCUUACCUCGAUCCGAAUCAAAAAACGCCAUGCGACAUAUCAAACUUUAUAAUUUUACAAUAACAGUUACUUGCUGAAAAUUUCGUUAAUUUUAUGUCUGUGUCCAUCUGGUCAUACCCCGGAUCAGGUGCCCUGGGGGAAGUGGCCACUUAUCGAUCCGAACCAUACUACGUCAUGCGACGUAUCAAUACCAUUUCUUUGCUGGCAAUUUCGUGUAUUUUCUGUUUGUGCCUAUCUGGUUAUGCCCCGGACCUGAUGCCCUAGGGGAAGUGACUACUUAUCGAUCCGUAUCAAACAAUGUCAUGCGAAGUACCAAACUUAAUAAUUUCGCAAUACUAGUUCCCUGCUGAUUUUUUUAUUUAAAAAUUUCUUUAUGUGUGUAUUUGAUUGUGCCUCGGACCAGGUGCUCUGGUGGCCACUCACUUAUCGUUUCCCGAGGAAGUUCUAAUGAAUUUACCGACGAGAUUCCAAUCAUUUCUCAAGGAAUAUGCAAAAAAAUUCCUGAGGAUUUUCCAAAGAAAAUUCUGUAUUUCCCGUAGAUAUUCCGAAGCAUUCCCGGGAAACUCUCACAAAAUUCGCGAGGGAAUUCCCAAUGAAUGUUCUGAAAAACCUUCUGAUAAAUUCCAAAGAUUUCCCGAGAAAAUUGCGAAGAAUUGCUCAAAACUAUUUCGCAAAAUGUCUGGAGGAAACUCUUUAGUAUUUCCUUAAAAUAACUCUCCCUCCCUCCAUCUACAGCGUUACGUUAUUUGUGAAAUGCCCCAGUAAAGGGUAAAUAGAAUUGUUGAAUGGAGUUCAAAUACUAUUUUCAAGCUUCAUUUGGUCAAAAGGCACCUCCGGUCGAAAAUGUCGUUCGGUCAAACAGUUCCUCGGGCUGAAUAGCUCAAUUGACCGAAAAUGCCGUUUGAACGAAAUGGUCGUUUGGCAGAGAGGGCCAUUUGGCAGAAAAUGGAAAUUCAGCAGAAUAUGUCCUUCUGGUCAUUUUGCCAAAAAUGAAAAUUCUUUAAAAAAAAUUCAAACUGUAAUUCAUAUUUCAAAAAGUAGUGGUAUUCUGUUGUCGAAAAACUCAUAGAGGCAAAACGCAUUUAAAGGUUCUUCCAAACACAUACGAAGCGACUGUCACCGUUGUUAUGGAAGCGUAAAAGCAACAUUGCAAGCAGCAACCCUGCUAUAGAGUCGCGGCGACAAGUUGUAGCCAUCGCGGCGAGUUUGGAGGAGCUUUUGGGGCAAGCUAGAGUAAACGCCGCGUGGAAUGCUACGCGACGCGACAGUGCAAUUUGACAGCCUGUUGAUGAUGAUUGUUAUUCUUUUACGUGAGUCGCGUCGCGUCGCAUCACUCGUCGCGUUUACUCUGAUUUUCCCCUUUGGAGCAACAUACAGUGCGAGGAGGCGCAUGGUACAUCAAGAGGUAGUGCAAGUAGAAAGUUUUGUCUCCCCUGUACUUGGAACAUACCACGUUUUGGCCCAAUGACACCCCCGUUGACGGUAAUGAAAAAUAUGAUAAAAUUACGAACAAAAUCAACUCCUGAAUCGAAUUCCGCCCACCGUGGACGGAUUUCGAAUCAGAGGAUCAUAAUCCGUACAGCUAUUUUCAAACAGAACAUUUAUAUUAAAACAGACCAAAUGGUCAAACUACCACUGUAAAUAGCGCAAUACCCAGUCAGAACAAAUCGUAUAUGAUGCAACAUAAGAUGCAAAAGUGGAGGUGAUAUACGUACAUAUUGUAUGGGGAGGUACCUAUAUGGCCUCCGCUUUAGCAUCUUAUGCGCCAUCAUAUACGAUCUUGUGUUGAUCCCUUUGCUAUGUAUGCUGCUGCUCUUACUCUAAUAAUUGCGAUUUGCAAUUUAAACACACACAGAUAGAAAAAGUUGUUGAAAUUUACACGAAAGUAAUGCACAUAAAGGGAAUGCCAAAAAGAGCGUAAAUUUAAUCGAUGUUAUCACCUGAAUGUAUGCAAUUUACAUUGCAUUAUGACACUUUUUAUACGAAUAAGUGUCAUAAUGCUAUGUAAAUUGCAUACAUUUAGGGUGAACUUGUUGGAAAAGAUCUAUGUACGCCCAGAAUAGUGUAAUUUUCCACGUCUUUAUUAUUUACGCGUCGAUUACUUUUCAUUAUUUUUUUCUGUGCAGUCACAUUCGAUACAAUUACGUCUAACACGCGAACAAAAUGGCACCUAAAACUUUGCGCUUGAGAGAUGGCGAUUUGCUGCCUGCUUUCCGUUUUAAUGGUCAGAAAGCUUACUUUAAAGUAUAAGAUCAGGAUAAGAUUCAUUUAUUCAUUUAUUUAGUUUAAAUCUAAACAGAUAACACUGAUUAAACAAUUUGACGCCACAAUACACGGUUCGAGGCCGCAUCUCUCCAUCCUCGGAAACGCCCCACGCUCGCCAAGUCGUUUUGCACCUGGUCUGCCCAUCUCGCUCGCUGCGCUCCACGCCGUCUCGUACCUGCCGGAUCGGAAGCGAACACCAUCUUUGCAGGGUUGCUGUCCGGCAUUCUUGCAACAUGCCCUGCCCAUCGUACCCUUCCGGCUUUAGCUACCUUCUGGAUACUGGGUUCGCCGUAGAGUUGGGCGAGCUCAUGGUUCAUUCUUCGCCGCCACACACCGUCUUCUUGCACACCGCCAAAGAUGGUCCUAAGCACCCGUCUCUCGAAUACUCCGAGUGCUUGCAAGUCCUCCUCGAGCAUUGUCCAUGUUUCAUGUCCGUAGAGGACAACCGGUCUUAUAAGCGUCUUGUACAUGACACAUUUGGUGCGGUGGUGAAUCUUUUUCGACCGCAGUUUCUUCUGGAGCCCGUAGUAGGCCCGACUUCCACAGAUGAUGCGCCUUCGUAUUUCACGACUAACGUUGUUGUCAGCCGUUAGCAAGGAUCCGAGGUAGACGAAUUCCUCGACCACCUCGAAAGUAUCCCCGUCUUUCGUAACAUUGCUUCCCAGGCGGGCCCUGUCGCGCUCGGUUCCGCCCACAAGCAUGUACUUUGUCUUUGACGCAUUCACCACCAGUCCAACUUUUGUUGCUUCACGUUUCAGGCGGGUGUACAGUUCUGCCACCUUUGCAAAUGUUCGGCCGACAAUGUCCAUGUCAUCCGCGAAGCAAAUAAAUUGACUGGAUCUGUUGAAAAUCGUACCCCGGCUGUUACACCCGGCUCUCCGCAUGACACCUUCUAGCGCAAUGUUGAACAGCAGGCACGGAAGUCCAUCACCUUGUCUUAGUCCCCGGCGCGAUUCGAACGAACUGGAGUGUUCGCCCGAAAUGUCCAUAAUUUUCCAUAGCUCUACGCGGUCUAUACUGUCGUAUGCCGCCUUGAAAUCAACGAACAGAUGGUGCGUUUGGACCUGGUAUUCACGGCAUUUUUGAAGGAUUUGCCGUACAGUAAAGAUCUGGUCCGUUGUCGAGCGGCCGUCAACGAAGCCGGCUUGAUAACUUCCCACGAACCGUUCACUAAUGGUGACAGACGACGGAAGAUGAUCUGGGAUAUCACUUUGUAGGCGGCAUUAAGGAUGGUGAUCGCUCGAAAGUUCUCACACUCCAGUUUGUCGCUUUUCUUGUAGAUGGGGCAUAUAACCCCUUCCUUCCACUCCUCCGGUAGCUGUUCGGUUUCCCAGAUUCUGACUAUCAGUUUGUGCAGGCAAGUGGCCAGCUUUUCCGGGGCCAUCUUGAUGAGCUCAGCUCCGAUACCAUCCUUACCAGCUGCUUUAUUGGUCUUUAGCUGUUGAAUGGCAUCCUUAACUUCCCUCAAGGUGGGGCUGGUUGGCUUCCAUCGUCUGCUGAACUGACGUAGUCAUCUCCUCCGCUGCCUUGACUUUCACUGCCUGUACUCUCAGCGCCAUUCAGAUGUUCCUCGUAGUGCUGCUUCCACCUUUCGAUCACCACACGUUCGUCCGUCAAGAUGCUCCCAUCCUUAUCCCGGCACAUUUCGGCUCGCGGUACGAAGCCUUUGCGGGAUGCGUUGAGCUUUUGAUAGAACUUGUGUGUAUCUUGAGAACGGCACAGCUGUUCCAUCUCCUCGCACUCCGCUUCUUCCAGGAGGCGUUUCUUCUCCUGAAAAAGGCGGGUCUGCUGUCUCCGCUUCCGUCUAUAACGUUCCACGUUCUGCCGGGUACCUUGCUGCAGCGCGACCGCCCGCGCUGCGUCCUUCUUCUCCAGAAUCUGUCUGCACUCUUCGUCGAACCAAUCGUUCCGUCGACUUCGACCCAUAUACCCGACGUUGUUCUCCGCUGCGUCGUUAAUGGCUGCUUUGACUGUAUUCCAGCAGUCCUCAAGAGGGGCCCCAUCGAGCUCACCCUCUUCCGGGAACGCUGCCUCGAGAUGUUGCGCAUAUGCAGUGGCGACAUCAGGUUGCUUCAGUCGCUCUAGGUCGUACCGCGGCGGUCGUCGGUACCGAACAUUGUUGAUGACGGAUAAGUUGAUGAUCAGGAUAAGAUAAAUGAUUCAUAUAUUAUUUCCCUCAAACCCCUUUUAAUUUAUAGAUAUCUCACGAAGUGGACAAAUUUCGGUGCUGUACGGAUUUCGGACCCUCACGGAAUAUGUUUCAUCGAUAUGUGGAAAAUCUCGGUAGGGGUGUAACGGUUUUCAUGGGCAUUGGGGUGUUUUUGCGACAUUUCUUUCAUCUAACAUAAUUUUAGGCCUUGUUCUGUUACGUCCCAUCUCAACUACCAUUAGAAAAGUGGGAAUACCCUCAUAGUUAUGGUAGGUGGGUGCGUAAUAGGGCCGCUUCCCCUACUUUUGUCUAAAUAUCAGCUCUUUUUUUCGGUUCCAGCGAAUUUUUCAAAAUACAAAGUUUGAAUCUCGUAGUUAUUUCAAGGCCUGAGACCCACGAGGACGCUCACGCUAUCGAUUUGAUAUUAAUGUGGUGGCUCUGAGGCGAUGAUACUGUCUUGAGUGUUUAUUUGAGUUUUAUGAGUCCAAAAAGGGCACACUUAAUAUCAAUUUAAGUAUAAUAUGGUUGCUCGGGUGCGUUCGUAGUGGAUUUACUGCUUAUCUGAAAGGUGGCUACAGUAUAUCUUCAGCUAUUUUUUUAAUCAACGAUUCAAAAUUAUUAGGGUGGGUGUACCAAUUGUCGCCAUACUUAAGAACAGCUAUUUUUUAGAAAAUAAGUAAAAGGCAUGUGGGUGGUCUUUAUAUAUCAAACAAAAGGUUUUACUUCCUGAUCUAUAGAACAGCUGAGAAAACCACAAUAAAAUAUGUUAUAAUCCUCAAAAAUGAAUAAUUCAUAAUAGGAACGCAUGCACCAGUUGUGGCACUAUUCUUAAUUUUGGUUCCUUAUUUGGCAAAUCCCAUUGUUUUCUUAUGGGACUGGCCAAAUAGGGACCACUAGUGCGACAACUGGUGCAAAGGACGUAAAAAAUUAGACAAAAUCUAUUUUUACAAUUAUUCUUUGCUUGUUUUGGAGGAGAUCAAAGGUGUUAUCGUAUCAUAUGAAUAUGCUUUAUCGAUAUGAACUUGGUUUGCUAUGAUUUGAUUGUCCAUUUCACAUAUAAAGCACUAGUGCGACAACUGGUGCUAUAGCCACAACUGGUACAUCUAGCCUAAUUCGGUAGAAUAAAAAUAAAAUCAUUCAGGAGAAGCUUAUGAGCUUGAUUACAGCGGAAACUAUAAACUAUUUAGAAUUAAAAAUUAAAAAUUUAUAAACCAAGCUAUUUUUUUGCACAUUUCAUGUCGGACGAAUGGCAAAGCCUAACAUUUCCAGCUAUGUCUAAAUGAUACAAAAAUGUUACAUCCAAUCACUAUAAAAAUCGACCACAUCUAUUACUUAUGGAAACUGCUCUCUUUGUUCCUUAUUGUAACAGAAAGUUGCAAUCGUUUGUUUCCAGUAACGACACACUUUUUCGAUAUAACUAAUAUAACAAACGCAAGAAAAACGCUUUAAAAGAUUGUACAUUGCAGACAGAACUUUGUAAAAAAAACGCCCAAUUAUCAACAAACAACGCUAACUACUCUUGAAGAUUUCAAAAUACGGUUAGGGCAGCACAACCAACAAACUUAAUCGUGCCAAACAUUUUGGUAGAAAGCAGAGCCAUAGGAACCAUAGUUAUUGAUAAGUAGGUACAAUUAUUUGAUAAGACAUGGUAAAUUAAAGGGCAAAAAUGAUUGCUAAAAGCAAUGCUAAAGAAUUUGUCAAAUUAUUAUGUACGAUGGUUGACAGGUUCAUGCAUUCAUUAAUAGGACAAGUUACAGACUCGUGCCGAAUUUUUAAAUGCAAUUCGACACUUACAACCAACAGCUAACUAAUUAUAAAGUAAUAUUUACAAAACCUAAACAAAUGGACGAAACUAAUGAAGCACAGUUGAUGCAAAAUCAUAUAACCUAAACAGCGAUAUAAACCUUGUCUGCUAAAAACAAGCUAUUUAUGUUUCAAAAACAGGAAUAAUGUAAAGAAAACCAUCCGUUAUUGUAUCAACGGAUACUUAAUACAAAUAUAUAGGAAAAGGCUUUAAAUAUAA